AUGUCCCGAGAUUACCAGCCCAUCUUACCUGCUGCGAGCAGGUACCUGCAGGAGAAAUGGGACAAGGCAGCCUAUCGCCAGCACAGGAGCAAGGUGGAUUUGGCUUCCCCAGCCGUGGACACCCAAGGACCGCAGCCCCCCAGCCACCUGCAGCUCAACCUGAAAAGGAUGCAGCUAGACAGAGAGCGCCAGGCCAUUAGAGAAAGAGACGACUGCAUUCGCUUGGCCAGGCUAGUCACCAUUGUGCAGUCCAGGGGGCGCGUGGACAACUGGAAUAGCUACAGUAUAUGCAGCCUGAGCAGUGAGAGGCGUCGCCGGGAGCUGGCGCAGAUCGGGGUGGAGAACCGGCGGCUGAGGCAGCAGCAGUCGGAGUACGCCCGGGAGCCCUGGGAGCGCCACUGGGAGAGGGUGGAGCUCAUCCGCAACAGCAUCGCCCGCUACCCCCGCGGCAUGCGGGCCGUGCAGUUCUCAGUCAUUGAACUUGGUGGUCAGUGA